AGGUCCCAUUCUUAUUUUCCACCCCAAAUAAAUAAAUAAAGAAAUAAACCAUGUUCCUUAAACAACCCUCUUCUCUUCUCUUUUUUCUCUUUUUUCUCUUCUUCUCCGCCGCCGCCGGUAGAUCUUCUCCGACAAAGUUCCAAUACCUUAAUGUUAAAGCUACCAAAUUGGACUUUAAUGACGAUCAGAUUCUUCAUACCCUUAAUUUCUCCCACGCCCGCCGGCAAGUGUCCGGUCACAAAUCCGACAAUAAUACAUUUAAACUCAACCUUCUCCACCGGGAUAAACUUUCCCACGUCCAUGGCCAUCGUCAUGGCUUUAAUGAACGCAUCAAAAGAGACGCUAUUAGAGUCGCCACCCUCGUCCGCCGCCUCUCUCACGGCGGCGGCGCCGUCCAAGAUAACAAAUACAAGGUGGCCGAUUUUGCCACGGAUGUCAUUUCAGGAAUGGAAGAGGGGAGUGGAGAAUAUUUUGUUCGGAUCGGAGUUGGGAGUCCGCCGAGGAGUCAGUAUAUGGUGAUUGAUUCCGGUAGUGAUAUUGUGUGGGUCCAAUGUAAACCUUGUAGCCGAUGCUACCAACAAUCCGACCCGGUUUUCGACCCGGCCGACUCCUCCUCCUUCGCCGGUGUAUCUUGCGACUCCAUCGUUUGCGACCGUCUCGAGAACACCGGCUGUAAUGCUGGACGAUGUCGAUAUGAGGUGUCGUAUGGAGACGGGUCUUACACCAAAGGCACUCUCGCUCUCGAAACUCUCACCGUCGGCGAAGUGAUGAUUCGUGACGUGGCAAUCGGAUGCGGUCAUACAAACCAAGGCAUGUUUAUAGGGGCUGCCGGGUUACUCGGACUCGGUGGCGGCUCAAUGUCAUUCAUCGGCCAACUCGGUGGUCAAACCGGCGGCGCAUUCAGCUACUGUUUAGUGAGCCGAGGCACCGGCUCGACCGGAACAUUGGAAUUCGGCCGUGGAGCAUUGCCAGUUGGCGCCACGUGGAUCUCCCUAAUUCGAAACCCACGCGCCCCAAGCUUUUACUACAUUGGACUCGCCGGAAUCGGAGUUGGCGGCGUCCGAGUUUCGGUACCGGAAGAAACUUUUCAACUCACCGAGUACGGUACAAACGGCGUCGUAAUGGACACUGGCACCGCCGUGACGCGUCUACCAACGGCAGCCUACGUGGCGUUGCGUGAUUCGUUCACAGCUCAAACUAGCAACCUCCCACGAGCGCCUGGUGUUUCGAUCUUCGACACGUGUUACGAUCUCAACGGGUUCGAAUCCGUACGAGUGCCAACGGUGUCGUUUUACUUCUCCGAUGGACCGGUACUGACGUUGCCAGCGAAGAAUUUUUUGAUUCCGGUGGACGGCGGCGGAACUUUUUGCCUGGCUUUUGCUCCUUCGCCGUCGGGACUUUCCAUAAUCGGAAACAUCCAGCAAGAAGGAAUUCAAAUUUCAUUCGAUGGGGCCAAUGGGUUUGUUGGAUUCGGCCCAAAUGUUUGCUAAAUGUGCAAAUAAAUCUCAAUUAAUCACAUUAUCAUUUUUGUUUCAAAGCUAUUAGAUAAAUCAGAUGUAAAUAAAAAUAAUGUUUAUUUUACAUUAGUAUAUACUAUAUAGUUUCUA